CCAAGUUGCUAAAACAAGAGCAAAACAGUAUUGGAAAUGUGGAUUGUCCAUUAAUGAAGGAUUUGCCAUCAUAUAAGGAUACAGAAGAGAUUUCUGAGAAGCCAGACAAGCCAAAGCAAGAAUUUACAAAUGAAAAUGAAGGACUCAAGGAAAACAAAGACAUGAAGAAACAAAAACCCUUAGAACCAACCAUCCCUCCACCCCGGAUAGCUUCAGGGGCAAGAGGAAAUGCUGCCAAAGCCUUGUUAGAAAACUUUGGUUUUGAAUUAGUCAUUCAAUAUAAUGAAAAUAGGCAGAAAGUACAGAAGAAGAACAAAGCUGGAGAAGGGGAGAAUACUGAUAAACUGGAAUGUGGGACAUGUGGCAAAUUAUUUUCCAAUGUUCUUAUUUUAAAGAGUCAUCAAGAACAUGUACAUGGCCAGUUUUUUCCCUAUGGAGCUCUAGAAAAAUUUGCCCGGCAGUACAGAGAAGCUUAUGACAAGCUUUAUCCAAUUUCACCUCCUUCUCCAGAGACCCCACCUCCACCACCCCCACCACCCCCACCUCCCUUGCCUCCAGCCCCUUCCCAGCCUUCUUCUGUUGGUUCUGGGAAAAUCCAGAACACGCCUCCUACUCCCCUGCAGGCUCCACCACCUACACCUCCACCACCACCUCCUCCUCCUCCUCCUCCUCCUCCACCCCCUCCACCACCUUCUGCUCCUCCUCAGGUCCAGCUGCCCGUUUCUCUAGACCUUCCCCUUUUCCCUCCCAUUAUGAUGCAACCAGUCCAACAUCCUGCACUACCUCCUCAGCUUGCUCUUCAAUUGCCACAAAUGGAUACCCUUUCUGCAGAUCUAACUCAGCUUUGCCAACAGCAGCUUGGAUUAGAUCCAAAUUUCUUGAGGCAUUCUCAGUUCAAACGCCCACGGACAAGAAUCACAGAUGAUCAAUUAAAAAUCUUGAGGGCUUAUUUUGAUAUCAACAAUUCUCCAAGUGAAGAACAGAUCCAAGAAAUGGCAGAAAAAUCUGGUCUCUCCCAAAAAGUUAUCAAACACUGGUUUCGGAAUACACUUUUUAAGGAACGGCAAAGAAAUAAGGAUUCACCAUACAAUUUUAGUAAUCCUCCUAUAACUGUAUUGGAAGAUAUCAGAAUUGAUCCCCAGCCUACCACUUUAGAACAUUACAAAUCAGAUGCAUCUUUCAGUAAAAGAUCUUCUAGGACUAGGUUUACCGACUACCAGCUUAGAGUAUUACAAGACUUUUUUGACACAAAUGCUUACCCAAAAGAUGAUGAAAUUGAGCAGCUUUCCACUGUCCUCAACCUACCUACCCGAGUGAUUGUUGUGUGGUUCCAGAAUGCCCGUCAGAAAGCUCGCAAGAGUUAUGAGAAUCAAGCAGAAACUAAAGAUAAUGAAAAGAGAGAACUCACAAAUGAGCGAUAUAUAAGAACAAGCAACAUGCAAUACCAGUGUAAAAAGUGCAGUGUGGUUUUCCCUAGAAUUUUUGACUUGAUUACUCAUCAGAAAAAACAGUGUUAUAAAGAUGAAGAUGAUGAUGCCCAAGAUGAAAGCCAAACCGAAGACUCUAUGGAUGCCACAGAUCAAAUAGUGUAUAAACAUUGCACGGUAUCUGGCCCAACAGACACUGCCAAAAAUUCAGCUGUCACUGCAGCAAGUUCUGGUUCUGGGUCUAGUACUCCCCUGAUCCCUUCCCCUAAACCAGAGCCUGAAAAAACUUCUCCUAAACCUGAAUACCCCACAGAAAAGCCAAAGCAGAGUGACACCUCUCCUCCUUCUCAAAGCACCAAAUCCAUCCUUCCUGUACCAACACCAUCCUCAGAUCCACAGCCUUCAGCCUCUCAGUCACAGCCACCCAAACAAUCCCAACUUAUUGGAAGGCCCCCCUCUGCCUCACAAACAACACCCGUCCCUUCCAGUCCACUACCAAUCUCAAUGACUUCUCUCCAGAACAGUCUACCUCCUCAGUUGCUACAAUACCAAUGUGAUCAGUGUACAGUUGCCUUUCCAACUCUGGAACUUUGGCAGGAGCACCAGCACAUGCAUUUCCUAGCAGCUCAAAACCAAUUUCUCCAUUCUCAGUUUUUAGAAAGGCCUAUGGAUAUGCCCUAUAUGAUAUUUGACCCUAACAACCCACUGAUGACAGGACAGCUACUUACUGGUCCUUUAGCUCAAAUGCCACCACAAACAGGAUCGUCCCACACAACAACCCCUGCAACUGUUUCUGGUUCACUGAAGAGGAAAAUGGAUGAUAAAGAAGAUAAUAAUUGUAGUGAAAAGGAGGGGGGAAAUAGUGGUGAAGAUCAACAUCGUGACAAACGUUUGAGGACCACAAUCACCCCUGAGCAGCUGGAAAUACUGUAUGAAAAAUAUCUGCUGGAUUCCAAUCCAACCAGAAAAAUGCUGGAUCACAUUGCACGUGAGGUUGGACUGAAAAAGAGGGUGGUACAGGUCUGGUUUCAAAACACUAGAGCUCGAGAAAGGAAAGGCCAGUUCCGUGCAGU